AUGGCUCAGCUCCCUGCGCGAUUUCCAUGCUGGUGUCGAGCAGUAUAUUCCUGGGGCGGAGAGACUACACGAGAUCUGGGAUUCGUGGAGGGUGACUUGAUCGAAUGCUUGAAUGCAGGCGACGGACAAUGGUGGAUGGGUCGGUUGCGCCGUGACAGGCGCGCGGUUGGACUGUUCCCGUCAAAUUUUGUCGAGCUUCUGAGUGAGGACUUUGUGCCAGUGAGCCGUGAUACUACUAGUCCAAUGGUACUAGCGGGAUCUUCUCCAAUCAACAACCCCACAUCAGCACCGAAGAAACAGAAGACCGUUUGGCGGAAACCCUUCCAGGCGCAUAAGGAAGCCGUAUCGCCAGCUUCCGUCGCUCGGCGCGCAACCCAAUCUAGUCCAGCCGCACCUGCGAUUCCCCAGCCACCACCUCGGGAUGGUGGCCUUCCACGAAGUACGAAGCCAUUGCGGACGCAUGCGACAGCAGUCAAGAACCAAGGCUCGGUAUCUCGACCCCAAUCAACCUCGUCGCGGCCUUCGUCACGCGGUAUUUCUCCUCGCUCGUCCGUGGAGCCUGACCGGUCGCCAUCGAUGGUGCCGAGGGGGAGCGUCUCAUCCUCUCGGCCUUCAUCCCGCGAGCAAUCUCCAUUACAAACACAGGAACGUUCAUAUGCUAUGACGACGAAGGGCAGCGUGUCAUCUACACGACCUCUGUCCCGCAAUCCGUCCCCUUUGCCAAUACGCGAGAAUUCGUCUGGCAUGGUUCCACAAGGCAGUAUGUCAUCUUAUCGGGCUUCAUCUCGUGAGCCAUCUCCGUUGCAGAUGCAGGAUUAUCCGCCCCCGAAUAUGCCACAUGACAGUGUUCCAUCUUACCGGGGCUCAUCGCGUGAGCCUUCUCCAUUACAAAUGCAAGAAUACCCGCCCCCUACCAUUCCCAAUGGGAGUACCUCAUCCUAUCAAGCAUCAUCGCGUGAGCCUUCUCCAAUGUAUAUGGAGGAUCAUCCACCCCCAACGAUGCCACACGGAAGUAUGUCCUCCUACCGAGCUCCCUCGCCAUUACCCAUGCAAGAUCAUUCAUCUGCAAUGGUCCCACACGGGCGUAUCCCAUCUUACCGGGCGCCAUCUCCACUGCCAAUGCGGGAGCAUUCUACAAUGGUUUCACAUGGUAGUAUGUACCGGGAUCCUUCACGUGGGCCCUCCCCAUUGUACAUGCAGGAUCAUCCACCUGCACCCAUGCCACAUGGAAGUAUGUCCUCCUACCGGGCUCCAUCGCCAUUACCAAUGCAGGAACAUCCAUCUGCGCUCGUUUUACAAAGCAGUCUGUCAUCAUAUCGGGUCCCGUCUCGCGAGCCAUCUCCGGUGCAAAUGAUUGAAGAGCGGGAAGACUCACCCCCUCCUCCUCCGCCGCCGCCACACCGAGUCGUCAUCGGUCGUACGGAAUCCCGCUCUCCCCAGCCGCCAAUGCAUUCUCAACCACGAAGCCAUUCGCCACUACCACCAAUGCACUCGUCCCAGCAUCGUGCACACUCUCCUCAACCGCCAUCGCACUACCCGCCCCCGUCACGAUCCCCCACGCCAUUAGUUAUGAAUGAUCGUUACGCGAUAUUCGACCGAACCCCAUCUCCGUCUGCGGCCUCAACGCACUCCGCUAUUUCUGCGACCUCAGCACAGUCAGAUAUUCAUGGAAAUACACCGUCCCCACUCCGAGAUGCUAUGGAGGAUGUUAUGACUUCAUUGGAAGACAUGGGUCGCCAAGACCAGUCGCCUUCUCCGUCCCCCAUAUUCAACAAUCCCUGGGCCCCCGAAGAAUUUGACACGUCUCAAGAAAGGACUCCUCAAGGUAACAGACGCCGGGCUUUGACCUCGACAGGCUUUCAUGGAGACAAAGAGCAACCACAGGGACUCGUCCAUCGCAACAGCGUUUAUAGCCAUGAACAGAUGGAUGGUCCGCCUCAGCUGAACAAUUAUGUGCAAAGGAUGGAGAGCCGCUUACGUCAGUUGGAAAAACAGAAUAGACCGUCCGAGGAUCGAAGAGCCGACCAGGACGAUGACAACGCGCCUCCUCCCCCUCCACCAAAACACGCCACCUACCACCCGCGAAAUAAUUCUAUACCUGGACAAUAUGCUCCCCUCAAGGCACGGCGUUCUGGCCAUGAUCUCCGGGGUGAUAUUCUUAACCGGUCAUUUACCAAUAAGUCUAGUGCUACCAAUUCCUCCAGUGGAGUGCAAAGCAAUGGCACAUCCAUGACGACCAGCACAGACAAGACCAGCCAAAGCGUUAUGAGUGGUUUCUCUGCGGGUGGAUUUAGUGCUACGAGUGCAGGGAGCUUUGCCAGGAGAGGCGGGCAUGACAGGCCGAAUACUGCUAUGGACACUGUCCGCUCCCGAGGGUUCAGUGACGUACGCCCGGAGACGCCAUUUACUGGUGUUUCAUAUCACUCCAGUCAUAACUCGUCUCGUCAGGGCGCAUCAUCGGCUAUUCCGUGGUCGUCCACCGGUCUCGACGCGACGGAUCAUAGCGGGGUUUUUGGCGGUCUCACUACCCCAAAGAGCAAAAAGCAAGGGUUUUUCAAAAAGAUAUUUGAGACAGCCAAGACUGGCGCAGCCAGCGCACGGAGUAGCAUUUCGGUUGGUCAUAGCGAGAGAGCAAAUUCCCCAACCAAGAGCAACAGAGGAAUAGACGUUGUAUCACCGGCUCUUACAUCUCACUCGAAUCGCGAUAGUGGUCGUGAAUUGGGACUCGGAAGUGGCACUAUUGACUGGGUUCAGGUGCGCCGAGAUGUUAACCGGGCGUCGUCUCCUAGUCGAAACGAGAGGAUCGACAGGGCAGAACGAUGCCAGAUGAUGGAUCACCCUGUUAUCUACUCCGUGGAAGAGCUAUACGAUACCGCGGAGGGCGAUGAAAGCAUCGAUGGGCAACCGAUCACCGAGCCAACGAAUUUCAACGCGGCCAAUCUUACACUCGUUGAUAAGAGUGCACGCUUCAUUAGCAGUCUACCUCCAAUGACGAAUCCCAUGAGCCUUGCGCAAGCCUAUAUCUGUCGACCCUACAAGAGUGACGUUCAACGUCUUCGGGCCAUCUUCACCUGGGUCAGCGAGAAAAUAUCGUGGGAGGAACCUGUUGACGGCCUCGAAGUUGACAUGAAGAGACUUCUGCAGGCCAAACGAGGCACCCCGGAGGAAAUUGCACUGUUAGUGCACGACAUGUGCGCAGCCGUUGGCCUGCAUACAGAAAUCAUCCGGGGAUUCCUCAAGAGCCCCGGUGACGUCCUUGAUCUGGAAAGCCUCUCCCAUCCCAAUCACUGGUGGAACUCCGUUCUGGUCGAUGGCGAAUGGCGCUUUAUGGAUUGCGCACUUGCAAACCCCACGAAUCCUGAACGUAGUAAAUUCGUGUCAAACAACUCGUCCAUAGCAGAGAGCUGGUACUUCCUUACGCGUCCGCUUGAUCUCUGCUACACUCAUGUGCCGCUGUAUCCCGAAGAACAGCACAUCUGUCCGCCAAUUUCACCAGAUGUUCUGCUCGCUCUGCCCACCGUGUGUCCACCAUUCUUCAAACUUAACGUCCAGCUACCGGAUUAUGACACAAGUCUUAUCCGUAUCGACGGAUUGGAGGUCAUGCAACUACGCAUGGUAGUUCCUGCAGACGUCGAAUUUGCCGCGGAAGUCGAAGCCCCAGGAUUCGCCCGCGACGCAGAUGGCGACGUUUUCGAAAGCGGAGACAUCGUGCGCAAGCGCGCCCUGGUCCAGCCGGAUUGGAUCAGAGGCCAAAAACGCAUCACAAUCAAGGCUGUGCUACCAGGCGAUGAAGGACAAGCUGUGUUGAAGGUCUAUGCAGGCAAGAAGGGCCUGAUGCACUCAAGCCGAGACAUCCCCCAUCCCUUAGCCUUAGCCCUCCCAAUUCUCCACACCGGAGAGAAUCCAUCUUACGACUUUGUGUUGCGCCAUCCUACACCCCAUGCCCAGCGACACGACUUGUACAUCAUGCAGCCGCAAUGCUCUCGCCUCGCGGUCAACAAUACCUUCGUUUUCGCUGUCCGACAACACCCUGCUGCUCCCGCAUCCGCCAAGGACGAAGCCUCCAAUGGCCGCGGCUCGCCUUCAUCUGUCUUCACUCGUCCGUCCAGUGCGUUGAGCAUGGUUUCCAGCACAGCGGGCGGCUCGACUGUAUCCGGCGCCUCGAACGAGUUCUCAGCGUCGACGUCGGCCAUUUCGUCGACUAGAUCCGCUUCUGGACGGGACAAGGCUGCGAAAUUAGCCAUCCAGUCCCCGUCCGGCAAGAUCCUUCGUCUCACCCGUAAAGCCGAGCAUAUGAUUGGCACUGAUACGGGCACCGAAUCUGUCACCGAUGCUGUCGCUGAGGGCAGUGUUUGGGAGACUGUUAUCAAGAUCGGUGAGCGUGGGAUGUGGCGCGGUCUUGUGCUAGCUGAUCGAGCUGCGCGCUGGUGUGUAUUUUGCGAGUGGGAAUGUGUUUGA